UUCUUUUCUUGGUCUCAUUCUCCUCUCCUUUCGCCUUCUGUUCCAUAUCAAACUUGAAACCUCUCUCUUUGGCUUAUCUACCGCUACGAUCCGUCCGUGCAGCGCGCUCCAUGGCAAACAGAUGGUUGAGGCCUGAGGUGUAUCCGCUGUUCGCGGCCGUUAGUGUUGCUGUGGGGAUCUGCGGUUUGCAGUUGGUGCGCAACAUCUGUAUCAAUCCUGAAGUCAGGGUAAACAAGGAGAACAGGGCUGCUGGGGUGUUGGAUAACUUCGCUGAGGGAGAAAAAUAUGCCGAGCAUUUUGUAAGAAAAUAUGUCCGCAACAGGGCACCUGAAAUCAUGCCCAGCAUCAACAGCUUUUUCACAGACCCAAAAUGAGGCUUGGCAUUGCUUUUGCUUUAUGUUGAAAUGGAAAUGAAAAUACAAAAAACCAAGUCAUGUUCAAUAGCAAGUGAUGUCCUUUUGUCUGCUGAUUAUAACAGAAGUUGUGUUAAUUUUACACUUAGUUGAUGUGGUUUUAAAGGGAAUAAACUCUGAAACUUGUAUGAGUUCAGCUUAUGUGGAUGACUAUUUCAUUUGCAAUAUGAUUUGGGAUUGAAGUUGUUCUGCUCUUUAA